UUCGACAAAGGAUGUGACCUUCACCGCUUCGAAAGACGGCUAUGUAAAGCGAUGGGCGUACGCCAAAGCUGCUGAUGGCCGUAGCGUUUGGCAAACUGUGGGGGUGGCUAAAUGGCGCAACGAAGAAGCCGUCGACGCACUCGCUUUGGCUGAAGAUGGCUCAGUGUUGGCGCUCGCAUCUGGAGAAAGCCUGUUCUUGUGGGACCCAGUAAACCUGACCCAAAUCGGCGACGUCAUGCUGCACUGUUCGCACCUAAAAUUCAAUCCCGAGUUGGUUCACGUUGUCGACAAGAAUGCUGCUGAAGAAUCUUCUACUUCAACCUCCGAAAAAUCUUCCACGGCUUCAUCCGCCUACUUCCAAAAAACGUCCCAAUGCUCGCAGGUGGAGCUAGCAGUGAUGGGGGGAAAAUUCUGCUUGCUUUCUCUAGGAUUUGGUCGGCUUAACAUCUGGGAUCUGAGCACACAGAAGAUAGUGCAGAGACUGCAAUGCAACGCGAGUGGGUCUAACAUCUCCAAAUUCGCCUACAAUCAGCGGACGCAACAACUAGCACUUGCUCUGGAUACGAUAAAGGGAAGCGAAGUUCAGGUAGUGCUAAUACUUAAUGCUACUUUAUUUUGGUGGUUACAUUGUUUUUCUUACGAGUGACUUCAAUUUUUGUGGUACUUUGUGCCGCAGAGGCAGAUACAAUUGUUUUGCAUAUUGCUCUGAUCUCUCACUUGUUUACUUAUCCCCAAAUCUAAUCAACGAACAGGUUUUCCGCAAAGCAGACGACGCCAAGACUUCCACGUCUUUGCCUCUCGUUUUUCAAGAUAGAAUCGAACUCGGCACCUCUGGCGCUUUGGCUCUGGAGUUCAGUGAGGUGGAUGAGUCUCUUUGCGUCUUGCGUCGUGGCACCUAUGAACUAGCCUCGUAUCCGACUAACGGAGGCGAAGGAGAUGGACUCAUCUCCUCUAGAAACGAGAGAGCGAAGACACUAUCUUCCACGCAUGCGGGGGAACCAUCUCCAAGGAAAACUGCAGGAGACGAGGAGGAGGGAGAAGAUGCAGAGCUGGUUGAUGGUGUUGUUGGUUCUUCUGGAGGGGAUAAGAUUUCUACUUUCGCUCGUCUCUUUGGGGGUGAGUCGUCUACUUCUACUUCCUGCCUAUCAAAAGAAGAGGCGGCUGAAACCGAUUAUGAAAGAGCACUGAGGGCUUGCGUAGUUGGCGGUGUCAACAUGAAAGCUGAGAGCUCAUCAUCAUCGUCUUCUUCCUCGAGCACUCAGAAGAAGUUUGUAGCGUUACCAAAUAAGCAGUUUGUGGAGCAGGUCGUGGAUCCGCGAACCUCGAGUCACGUUUUGCCAACCGCAGAGCACUUGUUGCAUCGAUUUUUCUCACUCUUAUUGCCAACCGAAGGAGAGCAACGAAGCAGAAGCACGCAGGGAUAUGAUCUUGUUCCGAGUGCUAGUUCCAGUACUAAUAUUGACAUUACAUCAGCGGGACGACCAGCGAGAUUAGCAUCAUCAAGCAGUCAAAAGAAGAAAUCGGGAAUAUCAAAGAGCACAACUAGUACUAGAGAUGGUGCAUCAUCCGAACAGUCUGACGCUUGGUCAGAAGGAGAUAGCUGGUUCAGUGAUGAUGGUGACAUAGCACCGACAGAGUUUUUCAGUAAACUCAAGCUAUGUUAAAAUUUGCAAACGUUUUUUUUUUACCUCAGAAGUUAUUUUUCCUUACAUACUACAAAAGAGUUAUCGACCAUGAUCUAGUAUACAAAUACAUAACGUAAUUCAUGAUCUAAACCUCCUCACAAUUUAUUACAUACAGUGAACCUUCUUUCUACCCUUCGGAUUGUUUAAGAAAGUUGCACUUGGGAAGAGAUGUCUCUUAAAACGCACAAAGCGCACACGCAAAUAGCGCACUGUCACCACAUACUCCUUGGUAAUAAACUUGGAAAAACGAUGGUGUUCUCGCGUUACGCCUUCGAAGUGCCCAUCUGUUGACGAUUUUUCAGAAACGGCCAGGAUCCCGGUUUGGCGAAAGAGAGAAA